AUGGGCGAUCUUCCACGAGAACGCGUGGUUCCAGCGAGGCCUUUUCUUCACACCGGGGUCGAUUAUGCCGGGCCAAUUCAACUCCGCACAACCAAGGGGCGCGGACACCGCUCCUACAAGGCCUUCGUAGCAGUCUUCGUCUGCCUUGCUUCUAGAGCCGUACACCUCGAAGUGGUCUCCGAUUAUACGGCCGAGGCCUUCCUUGCGGCUCUCAGACAGUUCGUCUCUCGCCGAGGCAUCUGUCGCAGUCUUCGGAGCGACUGCGGGACAAUCUUUGUGGGAGCGGAUUCUCAGCUGAAAGCCCUCUUCACCGCGGGCACGUCGGAAAGCCACCGGAUCGUCGACGGCCUCAUCUCCGAGAGGAUCGAGUGGAAGUUCAAUCCUUCCUCAGCACCGCACUUUGGAGGUAUAUGGGAGGCCGCAGUCAAGUCGCUCAAACAUCAUCUCCGACGGGUAAUUGGCGACGCCAAGCUGACAUACGAGGAGAUGAGCACCCUCCUCACUCAAAUCGAAGCGUGCCUUAAUUCGCAGCCGCUGCAGGCACUCUCGGACGACCCUGAGGGUCUAGCUGCGCUGACGCCCGAACACUUCCUAGUAGGAGCCGCCCUGACUGCAGUGCCCGAACCGUCCUUGCUGGAUCAACCGACGUCUCGCUUAUCCCGCUGA